GCAAGGGCGAUCGUGGGAACUAAACCCAACGCUAAUGUCGACCGCCAUCUCCUGCCUCUGCAUCUUCUUUAAAGACGACAGAACAAGAUGAUGCCCUUCCAGUGGCUCACCCGGCUCUUCUCUACCGUCCUUUCCUUCAUCAUGCCGUCCCCUGGCCCUUCCGACGACAUGUGUAUCUUCGCAACCGAGCCUCAGCGGGGGGCGACGAGCGCUACGCUCCUUCUCAGCGCGCUUAAGAACCGUAACGAUUUCCUCCGGCGAGGCCUCGGUAAUAUUCAUGUCGAACAAAUCGAGUACCGUAAGUGUUGUCCAUCCCAUAAUGUGUCUCAGCACGAGUACCUCGUGGUGACCGUGAAGGAAUCUUCGGGAGCUGGGCGGAGUGGGUUCCUCAUGGUAGAUAGGUUGCACGAUUCACCUACACCGAAUGCCUCACAGUCCAAUUCUUCUACCGCUUCUUCCUCGACUACCACUGAUGAUCACUGGGAUACCCCAAACCGUCUUCAUCACUUCGGCGCCAAAGUCAAGAAUUUCAGCAAGUGGUAUCCUAUUGAUGCAUUCGACAGAGUCGUCAUCUUGCGCAGCAUCGACGAAGCCCUGGAGGUGCAGGGUGGAUGCCCGUACCAUUGCCUUAUGACGAUGGACUUCAGUCAGGCGCAAAGACGCGUCACCCUCGAGCACUUUCUCCUCCUCCUCCAGACCACCUCGACGAACACUGUAGUGUACCACCUCAUCUUUGCGCAGUGCUACUGGUUUGCAUACACCAUUUGGAAGGUUCUCGAUAUGGAGGCAGCACCGCAUAUAGCACGGACAAAGUAUGCUCCAUUACAGGGCAGGAAUCCUGAGUUGGCGCCGGGCAUGGUCCUUGGGAGAGGCGAUGAAGUGAACGAAUGGAGGGCGCCGGAGACGGUCAAGCUGCAGUGGGAAGAAGCAAAAGUUAUCGCGGACCAGGAGUGGGUUGAGUUGCGAGACGCGCUUCUUGCUCCAGAGAGGGCCCGUACACGGGCAGAGGAAGCCCUUCAGCAAGAACGGGUAGCCCGUCAACAGGCAGAGGCAGAGGUCAAUCAGCUUCGAGCGACGUUAGCGAGGUAUCAGUCCCCUGCUGGUGAUAGGUCCUAUACACAGUAAAUUCUUCUUGUUUCUCCUUCCUCCACAUCGUUUUCGUUCUUCCUAUCUUUCCAUCGUGCUAUGUAAUACUACCUACGCUCCCUGCUUUCAUUGCUAACUAUCUGCUUUCGAUGCUUCUGCGAUAAUGUAGUUUUAUGCCGUGUUUUGUUUUGAUGACCGCUGCUAAAUGUGAUAGUGUUUCUUUUGACAGUCA